UAUAUAAUGCAAGUCCUCACAAUUACAGAAAUAGUUUAUAUUUGUAUUGGAUAAUGAGUUAUUUUAGUAUGUUAACGAACUAUUUAGGACCAAGCUCAUGUGCUGCUUUCCUCGAAAACGGCAGAGAAUGGCCGGUAGCUCUUGACGGACAAAUAGCUCUGCAAAGAUGCCGUGACGGAUACCAAGGCGAUAUGUAUCGUCGUUGUCAAAAUGGCAUUUAUCUGAACCUCGUUAACAAUUGCACACGGAGAGCGAUACAAGAUUUACACGCUCAGGUGUUAAAUGGAUUCCUCAAUACCACAGAGGCUUUGUCGAGGUUAAAGCAGGAAACAACUAUAUUGACGACAGCUAACGAGAACUUACUAACAGCGGGCGAUCUACAGAAUAUUAUCCAGAUCCUUGAUAAAGUCAUUAAAGACAUCGAAGUCAAUUCUGCCACAAUCGUGAACGACACUGAUUGUUUUUUCGAAGUUACGAAUAAUAUACUGGAUGGAAAUUUGACACGUUCAUGGAGAAGUUUGAUUAAUGACAAUGGAGUUGGUGCUGACUCAGUAAUAAACACAAUCGACCGGUUUAUUUCGAAAGUUGUGAACUCGUCUCACGAGAAUUGGAACAAGACGUUCGACAAGCCUAACAUGUUUAUAGAAAUAGGGCAAGUUGACACAUGUAAAAUCAUUAGAUUUCCGUCUGCUGCCAAUACGACCGAUCAAAUCGUCGUCGGCUGUGGACAAGAAAUAGGUAAUAAAGUAUUUAGCGGUGGCUUGUUUAAAAACAUGUCGGGAAUGUUGCCUACCACUUCAAACGAUAUCGACUCGUUAAACAGUUCAAUCAACGGACCGGUCUUGUGCUUUAGUUUUCACGGACACCACCACAAGACUGAGAACGUCAGAAUAAGCUUCCAUGUAUUUGAUAGGAAUCUAACAGAUCCGUCCUGUUCAUUCUGGAAAACAAAUCAAAGCGGAAAAGGCCUUUGGUCUACUGAUGGAUGCAGUUUGGAACAAUUUAACAAAGAAAGUGGAACCGUGUCCUGUCAUUGUAACCACCUGACAAAUUUUGCUGUUCUUAUGAGCCCCGCCAGUACCUCUGAAACGGAAACUGUUCACCAUCGCCGCCUUGGAGUUUUGUCAAUUGUGGGAUGCAGUAUAUCUAUAAUUGGCUUGUUUCUUACAAUUACGACCUAUGUGUACUUCUGGAGGGCUGUACAUUCGCCGAGGUCAGUUUUGCUUGUCAACCUGUGUACGGUUCUACUUCUGGCUUACAUCCUGUUUCUGACGGGGGUGAACAGCACUUCACAUCAUGCCUUGUGCACGUCCAUUGCUGUUCUGCUCCACUACAUAUUUUUGGCUGCCUUUUUCUUGAUGCUAUCGGAAGGAUGUUUAAUUGCACAGAUGGUGCUCAGACCCUUUGACAAAAGGGUCGUUUUAAAAACAUUGCUUGGAAUUUCUUACGGUAUUUUAACUAUAAAUUAA